GCCGCGACGGUCCUGCAGACAAAUAGUUUCGAUUCAAUUACACGCCGCGCGUGUAGUCUUUCUACAAACCGUCGCUUUCUCCUUUCGCUGCAUUGUUUGCUCUUAUUAAGGUCUCGAUGCUGGGACUGCAAAGGAACAGCUCGAAACAGACCGCUGGGGUGGUCGUUGAGGCAGACUAGCCGAGAGAGUGGACAGUCCGCGGCGCUUCGCUUGCCUUGAGGUAUUUGACUAUAGCGGAUUGGUCGACUGUGCCGAGGUGUUGUAUAUUCCAUUAUGUUUGAAUCUCGCGUUUGUUAUUCGCUUUGAAGUACAUAUGCCACAAUGGCCCAUCAUCUCAAACUCGUUCCAGAAGUAUGACAGCGUAACUCUAAAGAUAGUUGUAUUGCGCGCGACCACGGUGACCUAUACGAGUGUUAUCUCGUGUUUUCAAUAUUCCCCGCAUUAUAAGAUAAAAUCCGUGAACUGGCGAAGCUUACGGUGGAGCUGUUUUAAAUCAUUUACUCUGUUGCUUGGAAAUCCAGCGGUCGAGACUCGCGCUCGCCUUUCUUGAAAUACUCGAAUUUUAAUAUGAAGAAGCUUUUCAUUAUUUUGUUGGUCCAAGUGCUUUGUUAUGUGGAGGCAUCUGAUCGAGUUCACCGGAGUAAACGAGAUGAAAGUUAUAACAGAGACCUCUGGUCAUUCGAAUGCAAAGACAAGAGCAAACGCAUCGAGAUGAAUUAUGUCUGCGACGGCUACAAAAAUUGCCAAGACAAUUCCGACGAGGUCGAUUGUACUGAAGAACGUUGCAAGAACAUGGGAAAACUAAAGUGCAAAAAUCGAGACGUAUGCUUCCCUGAAAGUGCCAUCUGCAACGGCAGAAAUGACUGUGGCGACAACUCCGACGAGGAGAACUGCACCGAAAAGCGUUGCAACGAACUGAGAAAAUUCAAAUGCAAAAGCGUGAACAUGUGCAUACCACAUCACUGGACCUGCGACGGGAGAACCUUUUGCGAAGACAAUUCCGACGGGGAGAUUGAUUGCAGUGAAAAAUGGUGCAACCAGUUUGAUGCUGUGAAAUGUAAAAACAAGAAUCUGUGCAUACGCUCUAUCGACGAAUGCAAUGGGCGCAACGACUGCGGCGACAACUCCGACGAAGUCGGCUGCGACGAGAAACGUUGCAUCGAGCUCGGAAGAUUCAAAUGCAAGACCACGAAUGUCUGCAUACCGUACAAAAGCUGGCUCUGCGACGGGAUCGACCAUUGCGGCGACAAUUCCGAUGAGAUGGAUUGCGUUGAUCGUGAAAAUCCUUGCAACGAGAACGGAAAAUUCAAAUGCAUAGGCACGAAUAAGUGCAUAGAUCAAGAUCUUAUCUGCGAUGGCAUCGACCAUUGCGGCGACAACUUCGACGAGACGGAUUGCACUGCAGAACGCUGCAGCAGAAUCGGGAAAUUCAAAUGUAAACAUGGGAAUACUACAUGCAUCUCUGAUAGUUACGUCUGCAAUGGGUACGACGAAUGCGGUGACAACUCCGAUGAGGCAGAUUGCACUGAAGAACGCUGCCAUGCAUUGGAUAAGGUCGCAUGCAAAGACAAGAGUAAGUGUUUGGAGCCAGACGACGUCUGCGAUGGGCGUCAAGACUGCAACGACAACUCCGACGAGAUCGGUUGCGAUGAAAAACGUUGCCGCGAAAUUUCUAAAUUCAAAUGCAAAACUACGGAUUCAUGUAUCCCCUCGGAAUAUGUCUGCAAUGGAGACGACGACUGCGGGGACAAUUCCGAUGAGGUCGAUUGCAAAAAAAAAAAAAACAAUAGGCAAUAAUCAACAGUGAUACGAAGAAUCUUGUGCCACUUUUGAAUUUCGACAUAUCCUCGAAUCAUUUCAAGCGUCACGGCCAGAUAACGUAAUCAGAAUGUCAUUUAUAGUACGAAUUUAAUAUUUUCACUUAUGCUAUUUCGUAAUACAUAAUAUCUGACAAUGUACAUUUUGCUUAUUCGGCUAACAAAAUCAUGUAUAAAAUAAACUGUAAAACAAAAGUUUUCUUAUAAAUAUAAACAUGGAAAAAGUAUAUAAACCAUAAA